CCUGACGUAAGGGCGCGCGAGACAGGCUAGCAACAGUUGCCUCGAGACCCCCCGCGCUCGCGCACCAUAGCGACUGUAGUCGUGGAGACCGUUUCUUACCAACAGCGGCGGAGAGCAACAGCAGCAGCAGCAGCGGAAACUGGAAUCGGAGCUGGAAAGUGUGUGUGAAAGAGAGUGUGUGUGUAUGUAAGUGUGGGUGAAGAAAAAGAAACAAGAAAACGUCAGGAAAGCUGCGGAACACACGAGAGAGUGAAGGAGAGAGAGAGAGAGAGAACAUCAUGCAGAAUUCAGAGGGUGGCUCGGAGGCAGCGUCCACAGUGGCGCUACAGACGGCCACUUCGGCCCAGGCGCCCGUCGUGCAGCCCGUACCUCCCUCGCAACAGCGGGUGUUAGUCCAGGCCACAGGCUCGUCCCCAAAGCCACAGGUUCAACAACUGCCUAGAGUGCAACAGGUUCCACAGCAGGUGCAGCAUGUACAGCACGUAUACCCACCCCAAGUGCAGUAUGUCGAAGGAGGAGAGGCCGUCUACCCCAACGGCGCCAUCCGCACAGCGUACACCUACAACCACGACGCCCAGCUUUACGGUCAGGCCAGCGGCAACGCCUACUUCGACACCCAGCCAGGGGCGACGCAGGUCACCACAGUGGUCUCUUCGGCCAGCAGCGUGCCCUCCCACAGCAUGGUGGGUAUCACCAUGGACGUGGGCAGCAGCCAGGUGAUCUCCAGCAGCGGCGCCUAUCUCCUUCACGGGGGCUUGGACGGCCGACACCACGCCACCCCGUCCUCCCGCUCUUCCUCCGCGAUGCUUGAAAUGGCGAUUGAAAACCUCCAAAAGUCUGAAGGGAUUGCUUCUCACAAGAGCAUCCUGCUCAACAGCCAUCUGCAGUGGCUGUUGGAUAACUAUGAGACGGCGGAAGGAGUGAGUCUGGCCCGCUGCUCCCUCUAUAACCACUACCUGCGUCACUGCCACGAGCAGAAGCUGGAUCCAGUCAACGCCGCCUCGUUCGGCAAACUCAUCCGCUCGGUGUUCAUGGGGCUGCGGACACGCCGUCUCGGCACCAGGGGAAACUCGAAGUACCACUACUACGGCAUCCGCGUGAAGCCCGACUCUCCUCUCAACCAGCUGCAGGACGACACUCAGUACAUGGCCAUGAGACAGCAGCCCAUCCACCAGAAACAGAGGUUUAAGCCACUGCAGAAGAUGGGAGGUAUGAGUGAUUGCAUUUCCUUCGGCUCUCAGCACUCGAGCGGCACCCCGGAGCAGAGCGUGGCCGCCCAGAGCCAACACCACCAACAAUACAUCGACGUGUCCCACGCCCUGCCCCCGUUCCCCUCCCUCGAUCUGGACUCCUGUCCGCUGCCGGAGCGCAUCACCAUGAGCGACGUGAAGAAGCUGCAGAGCAUCUACAGGGACCACUGUGAGGCCACUCUCGACGUGGUGAUGAAUCUGCAGUUUCACUUCAUCGAGAAGCUGUGGCAGACCUUCUGGUAUUCAGCACUGCCAUCUAGUGACGGCAACACCCCCAUCAUCCCCAGCAGUGAUGAGGAGAUCGAAGGUGUGGUCCCGAGGGACAAGCUGAUCGCGCUGUGCAAGUUCGAGCCGGUGAAGCAGUGGAUGAGGAGCUGCGAUCACAUCCUGUACCAGGCCCUGGUGGAAAUCCUCAUCCCCGACGUCCUGCGGCCUGUUCCCAGUACUCUCACUCAGGCGAUCAGGAACUUUGCUAAGAGCCUCGAGGGCUGGUUGACUUCAGCGAUGAGUAACUUCCCCCAGGAGAUCGUCCGCACCAAGGCUGCCGUGGUGAGCGCGUUCGCACAGACGCUGCGCAGGUACACCUCUCUGAACCACCUGGCGCAGGCGGCCCGGGCCGUGCUGCAGAACACGUCUCAGAUCAACCAGAUGCUCAGCGACCUCAACCGCGUCGACUUCGCCAACGUGCAGGAGCAGGCAUCGUGGGUGUGUCAGUGUGACGAGAGCGUGGUGCAGCGUCUGGAGCAGGAUUUUAAGAUGACGCUGCAGCAGCAGAGCUCUCUGGACCAGUGGGCCGCGUGGCUGGACAGCGUGGUGAGUCAGGUGCUGAAACCGCACGAGGGCAGUCCCAGCUUCCCGCGCGCCGCACGCCAGUUCCUCCUCAAGUGGUCCUUCUACAGCUCCAUGGUGAUCAGAGACCUGACCCUGCGCAGCGCAGCGAGUUUCGGCUCUUUCCACCUGAUCCGCCUGCUCUACGACGAGUACAUGUUCUACCUGGUGGAGCACCGCGUCGCCCAGGCAACCGGAGAAACCCCCAUCGCCGUCAUGGGAGAGUUCAGUGACCUCAGCUCGAUGAUGCCGUCCCUCAUGGAGAAAGAUCCAUCCUUCUCAGACGACAUGAGUGACCUGGGGAGUGACGCAGACGUGUCCCGGGGGGCGUGCGAGCCGGCCGUGAAAAGGGAGAGAAUCGAGAUUAACCACACUCUGCAGGAGAUCUGAACCCGUGCAGUGUGUGUGAGAGAGAGUGAGUGUGUGUGUGUGUGCGCGCGUGAAAGAAUGUGUGGAUUUAUAUUAUAUAAUGAGGAAACGUAUGAGAAUCCUCCAUAGUGUGAGUCGAUAUAUAACGCUGGCUGGAUUCUUUGGGUUUGUGAGGAACUAAUGCAGUCUAGAACCUUUUUAUAGUUUGUGUUUGAGGAUCGUUUUUCUUUUUCUCCUUCUUCUUCGUGCCUCUGUAAGUGGUGUGAUGUUUUUUUUAUUUUCGUGCCAUGGUGUCCUUUCAGUGCCUUAGAAACCCCUCAAAUGUGCGCGCGCACACACACCGUGCCUGUCCCGUGUCACAGUACGACUACAACCGAAUCGUCUCUCGAGCACCUUCAGAUGAAAUGAGGAUAAUUUUGUUUUUGUUUUUUAAAAAACUUUCAUUACCAAGAAAAUGUGCGCGCACAGCUCCCUGUGUACGAGACGCGCCGUCGAUACCUCAACUGUUUCUAUGCUGCGCUGUGUUUUUUACCUAACAAUCCAAGAGCUGUUUCUUUUUUUAUCUGUGUGUAAACUUAGGCUUUUUGGUUAGCGACUCACACUGCAUCUUCUCUACGCUACAUCACGUUGAGCCUUGAUCUUUUUUUUUCUCCACCGGCGUUGUAAAGUGGCGUUUUCUCAAUUAAGGGUGAUUUUAAUAAAAAAAGGUAAAGAUCAUCGAUCCUCGGACCAAAUCCUUAUAGUGCCUGUGCUUGGAGGAAAAUCAAACCAAGGCUGAUGAUUAAUUAGCUUAUCUUGUGUUGAAAUUGUUAGCCUUAGAAAUCAUGCGCGUGCGCACACACACAGCUACUGUUGUGUUUUUUUU